AUGAAUUGUGGAGAGCUGGUAAUAAUCAUCAUUCAGAAAGUGAUAAGGAAUGAGUAUUUAUAUGGGUUCGCUUUCGGCUAUUUCUCAUUUUCAACUUGCCGUCGACCAUACAAGGAUAUGGGAACGGAAAGAAAAAAGAAAAAGAAGAGACCACUUAUACCAACCGGUGAAAAUGUUUGUUCUCCGAAUUACAGGUAUAAAAUCGUAAAUCUUCUUGGAUCGGGCGGAUUUGGCGACGUCUACAAAGUUCGUCAAAGUGAAACUGGCCAGUUUUAUGCGCUCAAAACUGAGGAUGUCGAGAUUGAUUCGAGAUUGAAUCGGUUGAAGGUGGAAGCCACAGUGUUAGGCGCUUGUGGAACAGCCACAUACCGUAAGCAUUUCCUACGCCUGAUCGAUCGUGGUGUGACACCAAAGUUCAAAUUCAUCGUGAUGCCUAUUGUUGGUAUGAGUUUGGAUAAAAUUCGGCGGGAAGUUCUCAAUGGAGCACAGUUUUCUAAACAAACUGCCAUCAAAAUCUGCGUCCAAACCUUAAACGCUGUACGGGAUCUGCAUGAUAUUGGAUUCUUACACAGGGACUUGAAGCUUGCAAAUUUUGCAAUAGGAAUCGACAAACCAUCACAUGAAACGAUUUUUAUGCUCGAUUUUGGGAUCGCUAAACGCAUUGCUGGUGAUGAUGGAAUUAUUCCAGAACCACGUGAAAAGGUAGCAUUUAUGGGGACUAGACGAUACGCGUCACGAGCCUGUCAUCAAAUGAAGGAACAAGGACGUAAGGAUGAUGUGGAAUCCUGGUGUUAUAUGAUGUUAGACAUCUUCGACGAGAAAUGUAUUCCUUGGCGAGAUGUUAAGGACAAUGAUGAAACGCUGAGGAUGAAGGAUGAUCUAAUGCAUAGCAGAGAUGAUUUAUUCACAGAGGGUGAGCUGAAACCUGAAAUUAAUGAUGUCUAUUUGUCUAUUCCAAGAGAAAUGAGUCUCAUUUUUGACUACAUUAACUCUCUUGUGUUCGAAGACAUGGUAGAUUUUGACUAUCUCCUGGAUAUACUUGGACGCAUAGUUGAGGUUAACCAUUGGAAGGUGGACGAAAAAAUGGACUGGAUUCCAAUAUUUAUCAGUAAGAACAUGUUUAUGGAGAAUGUCGAAGGCGUUACGGCAGAAACACCACAAGGUGCUCAGCCUGCCGCUAAGGCAUGA